AUGUCGAACAAUCCUCGACGACGUUCCACAGAACUGGUCUCUUCGAAUUUGAAUGUUUCUGCUAGACCGGAUAUACCUGUCAGUAGGAGUCUGAAGGGACUAAUGUUGAACCAUCGGCUGCCCACAAAUGCACUUAUAGGGUCUCUUCAUUCUUUCUCUCAAGAUGCAACCCAAACUAGGGUCAACGAUCACAAGGCAUGCGAAGACUGUGAACAGUUUGUGACUCACAUCUGGAACUGCUCAUAUUGCGGGAUGGACUUCUGCGACCCUUGUUGGUUGAGACAGGCCCAGCACAAGCCAGGAAGGGUUGGACCUGAUGGUCUACCACAUGAGAAAGCAAAUCCUUCUAUCGUACGAAGAUUCAAAGAUAUACUCACCCCCCCGAGAGAGAGACAAGCUCAAGAGAUACUGCACAGAGAAGACGAGGAUACGACUUGCAACACCGGUGAACACGAAGCAAGAUUUCCACAGCUUGUCUCGUUCAUUAGACAAACUGGAGCGGGAAAGAGUACCUUGAUAAGAAUGCUUAUCGAACAGCAACAAGACAACUCGAGUGAUCCUAGCACUUGUACUUCUGAAUACCCAAUUCUUCUAGCCGACUGUGAGGGCUUAGAAGGAGGCGAGAACAUCCCUAUCAGCGAGCAGAUGCGUGAAAAAUAUCUGGCCACAGGCGAGAAGAAGUCUAAGGAGAAAGCAUCGAAAACGCAACGAUUAACAAAGAGACUGACCUCCACGCGCCACGAAUUGAAGUGGGCAAUCUCUCCGGCACAAAAGAAGCGCCAAUACUCAGUCACUGAGCUCUACCCUCGAUUAUUGUACACAUUCUCAGACGUCAUUGUCUUUGUACUCCGCAAUGCUAUAACAUUCGAGUCUACCGUACUGUCCACCAUCAUCAACUGGGCAAGAUCUUCGAUCGAAAAGUCAUUGAAUCAACCAACAUUGCCUCACGUGGUAAUAGCCCUCAAUGUUUCAGACACAAAGAUUGAUGAGAAGUCAUGGGAUCCAGACUAUGCGACUCAUGCUUUAAUGUCGGACGUGGCCGGGGCUAUUGAACGAGAUCCUACGUACAAAGAUCUCAAAACCUUCUGGGUUGAGAAAGGCAAGAAAAUAAAUACGAUGCAAGACUUGCUGCUCUGCUACUACUCUUCCAUCACCGUUGUCCGGAUACCAGGGGAGGGGCGUUACAUGAUGAUCAACAGCCAGGUUCAGACUCUUCAUGAUGCUGUGUCUAGACGCUGUAAGGAAUCAUCCAACUCUAAACGAAGGUCAAGAAUGCUGUCUACCUCUGACACGCUCAACGUCUACCUGCAGUCCGCUUUUGAGCAUUUCUCCACUGACUUAGACGUACCUUUCAACUUCAUGGACGUAUCGUUUCAGAUCAAUCCAAUACCAUUGGACUUUGGCGGAAACAUUCUCAAGCUCGCUGUGGCUAUGAAGCGUCUUUUUACUGAUGCUUGUAGGCUUUUCCAGGAGCUAAGUUUCAUGGUAGCAUCGUGCAUUCUUCUUGACUGUGUUCGCCAAAACAUAAGAGGCCCACCGCAAGAGGUUUUCGAGAAACACUACUUGCUGCAUUGUGAUACCGCUCUGGAGAACUUCUGUGCGAGCUACUGGCCGUGCAAAUACAGGGGUAAAAACGGAGAGCCCUGCGUAAACGUCCCAGGGAGCCAUAGCAAAGGUCAUCAAAAUUCAAAAGGCAAUGUCAUGCGUCCCGGUGAAUACAUGUCCGAUUUUACGUUCGAGCAGUUCGGAGACGCAUGGCUUCAAUAUCUCCAACUGCAUCUUACUAAGAUGCAACACGAUCUGAGUGCACGACUUAUGCAACCUCCUUCGCUGAGUGAGGUCACGGUAGUCAAAAAGCUUCACCAUACGAAUAUGGAGCUGUUUUACAAGAAGCUUGACGGAGCACAGGGAUUCAUUAGUCACCAGACAUGUUUUUCAUGUCUUCGUGAACUUGCAGAACAUCCCCUACCUUGUGGGCAUGUAUUGUGUACUCCUUGCAUCAAGAGCUAUGGCAGACCCCAUCCGAACUUGCUCUACUCCUAUGCGAUGACCUCCUGUCCUCUACAUCAAGCACAUACUGUUUUUUCCUCUCACUGGCCGAUAUUUUUCAAACCCCCUCUUGCAGGUGUUCGUGUGUUGUCUUUAGAUGGCGGAGGAGCCAGAGGUGCCGUUUUACUUGAGAUUUUGACAAGAAUUCAACAGGAAUUGGGUGGCAGAAUACCAAUUCAAGACUUUUUUGACCUUAUUGUGGGCACUAGUCUUUCGUGGCUCAUGAAUGCAGCGUUCACUAAAAGGUUUCCACGUAGAAUUGGGAAAAGCAAAUACCAGACGAAACCACUGGUCACAACUCUGACUGGAACCUUUGGAGACGAUGCUAUGUUCGCAGGAAGCAUUCCUGAUAGCGCUCCUGGACCUGCACGAAAGGUAGCCGUCACGGCCGUGACAGAGACCGGGGAAAAAGCGGUAAUAUUUGCUAAUUACAACCGCAAACAUGAUUCUGAAACUCGUGCAACCUCUGCUGCGCCAACAUACUUCAAACCUUUCGUCAAUCCACGUACCAAAGAAGUCUUCAUAGAUGGAGCGUUGUAUUACAACAAUCCGGUUCGUAUUGCAAACUAUGAGAGCAUGCUGAUAUGGCCAGAAACAAAAGGCAGUCAUCCAGACAUUCUCCUUUCGCUUGGCACCGCGUACAAUAAGGCAAAUAGGGAUGAAAAACGAAAAGAGAAUGCGUACAAGCCUUACAGCGAACCAAGGUCGUGGUAUCAUUUAUUCAAACGACAAAUCAAGAACUGUCUGAAUGCAGAACUGGCGUGGACCGCUUUCCGUAAUGAUGUCGUGGGCACUUCCUCUCCCAUAGCCGCACAGCGCUAUGUGCGCAUUAACCCGAAAUUGACAGCUCCUGUACCGAAAAUGGACGCAAAAGAUAACAUCUGGAUACUCCGCAAUCAUGUAAAGAAUAAUCUCACCUCUAACGAGAUGAAGGGCGUGAUCGAGAAAAUCGCGCACCGCCUUAUCUCGAGCUCAUUCUAUUUCGACAAAACGGGCCCGCUCGUGGAGCACGCAGGAUCUUGGGCUUACAAAGGCAUUAUCAGGUGUAGAUUUGCAGCCGAAUCCGAGAACAUACGUUAUCUUGGUGAACACAUCAAAAGCAAAUUCAAGAGACGCAACUUCCAGCCGUUCUUCCGCAUACAUGACGUCGCCGAUGCAGAAAAUGCUCAAGAUAUCAAGCUCAAUCGUAAUGUGCUAGAGGACAUGAUUGAGAUACUCGAGUUUCGGAUCGAGCCUAUUGUGAUACCUGUGGCUUCGGAAUCGGCUCUUAUCACUAUUGAUCUUCACCUUACGGAUGAUGCGAUGAAGCCUGAGCUUCGAAAUGGAUUCCCGAUCAGUGGGUUUCCACGCUCUCUUUGUGAAGAAGAACUACUUAGGAAAACCACCUCCCAACCGGCCACACCUGUUCUGACACCACAUCCUGUAGCUACGAAACGACAGAAUCUCCAGGCUAGAAAUAGUAUUCGUAGAUCAGGUGAUGAAAGCGUCAAACACAGCAACCAAGGUUCACAUAUCCGCAUAGGCCAGGACAGGUCUAUUGACGAGACUGAGGAAGACGACGAAAAAUGGGCAACGCGGUUGAGCAACGUUAUCCGCCCACCCAAUCCCCCACAUCCACGAUCCGAUAGCGGAUCGCUUGCGUCGAUGCGUGGAUCCAUGAAUUCGACGAACUCUCUCCAGCAGCUUGAUGAAGCUGUCAGCUGCUUCAUUGCAGGUGACACAGAGGAGAAUAUUGAAUGA